GAUAGUUACAACGUUCCCAGUGUGGCGCAAGCUGCAAUUUGCUGUGCUUUAGAGGAGUCAUAAACAAUAGCUCAACAAACAAUUCUGGGGACUUCAAACGCAAAGAUGGACUUUUUGAAAUGUGUAGUCUCCUUGGUCCUGGGAAUCUGAUGAAAUCGGACCUGUGCAAUCGUUUUUUUCGGUUUUCCUGUUGCUUGGGAAGUUGGCACUCUCCGAGAUCUGCUGUAAAAUUCCUGAUCCACUGGACCUGAACUGACACGGACACCGGGGACCUGGGAUUGUGUUAAUAUAACUGGGGAUUACUGUCAGUGUGGGGGCGGAACCCGGUUGAUAGUUGUACUUUCGCACAGUUCUCUCCGCCGGACUGGCCGGCAUGACAUUUGGCUAUUAAUAAAAAACAUUCUAUUUUCAUUUGGUUCAGAUAUUCAUAGCGAUGGUAAAAAGUAUUCCUCGUCGUGUAAGUUUACAAGAACAGAGUUAAUGAUAUAACAAAUACUCAUGGAGCUACGGAAUUAAUAGUUUUUUUUUUUUUUUAAAUAAUUAUUUCUCUCGCUUGUUUGCACUUGUUUGUGCAUUGUUACCGUUUUUUUUUUUUUUUUUUGUAAUUUCUUGUGUUAUGAAAUUUGCAGUUAUGUUUCAUGAUUCAGUUCUGGAAAACACGAAGACUUCAUUCAGAAGAAGGCAUGUUGUAAUACUGUAGCACUCCCGUGGGGAUAUACAUUGCACAACAAAGAAUAUCCAUCCCAAGUUUGAACUGAGUUUGACGUUUAUUACUCGUUUAAUUUGUGGGAGAAAUUCUAACCCGUUCAGCGAUGUCGUUUAAGGAUAACCCUUGCAGGAGAUUCCAAGCCAACAUUUUUAACAAAAGCAAAUGCCAGAACUGUUUUAAACCACGGGAGUCACAUUUAUUGAACGACGAGGAUUUAAAUAAGGCAAAACCCAUUUAUGGAGGCUGGUUGCUGUUGGCCCCUGAAGGGACAGACUUUGACAAUCCGAUGCACAGAUCCAGGAAAUGGCAAAGAAGGUUCUUCAUCCUCUACGAACAUGGGCUACUGCGCUACGCUCUGGAUGAGAUGCCCAGCACCCUCCCUCAGGGCACCAUCAACAUGAACCAGUGCUCUGAUGUGAUUGACGGGGAGAGCAGGACCGGGCAGAGGAGCUCCCUGUGCAUCCUGACGCCUGACAAGGAGUACUUCAUCCGGGCUGAAAACAAGGAGAUCAUCAACGGGUGGCGUGAGACCCUGAUCGUUUACCCGCGGAGUAACAAGCAGAGCCAGAAGAAGAAGCGCAAGGUGGAGCCGCCCACACCUCAGGAGCCAGGCCCUGCGAAGGUGGCAGUGACCAGCAGUAGCAGUGUCCCCGACAUCCACGCAGUGGACCAGGUACCGACCAGCAAGGCCACACUGUGGCAGGAGGAGCUGAGGGGGAGAAGCACCAUCCCCUGCAGCCGGAGUGCAUCCUGCCUGUAUCAGCUAAGCCAGCCCGGCGGCCCUCAGGGAGCCCCCACUGGAACCCCCAAAGAAGAUCAAAGAAGAGUGAGCGCCGAACGCACGGGCGGCGGGCGGAAGGCUCGUGUGGAAAGCGGAUACUUCUCUCUGGAGAAGAUCAAGCCCGAGACCAGACCACCCCCCCCGCAGCAGCUCCCGAUCACCUCCCCCACCAGGUACAGUUGCCCCGACACGGAUGUCCUGACCCCUGGUCGCUCUCCAGAGUACUGCGACCCCUUCCUCUCCUCCCACAGCCCCUCUCCCUUCAGCUCCUCCCAGAGCUCACUGGACUCGGAGGCCAGUAGCAGCACCCAGACCAGCGGGAUGAGCUGGGAAGCCCGCUCUCAGCCUGCCCGCAACAUGCGGGAGUAUGCCAGCCUCGCCGACAUCCCCAAGGCAAAGAGGAUCAGCAACCGGGACGCCUUCCAGGUGGAGAAGAAGAGGCUGGAGCAGAGGACCCGCGCACGCAGCCCCGGGAGAGAGGAGGUGGCACGGAUCUUUGGGACAGAGAGGCGGAGGUCCCAGGUAAUUGACCAGUUUGAGACCCUGGACAGUGAGCAUGCUGAGUGCAUGGAGACCAGCUCCUCUACAGAACCCUACUCCUCCUCAUCCAGCACCUCUCGGCAGGGCCGCAGCGAGAGACGCAGCUACGCCAAGAAACAGGAGUUCACACUGAAGAUGUCGAAAGAAGGGUCCGUUCCCGAUGUAUCGGCCCCGCCCAUCUCCCCAUAUCGCCGGGCCAAAUCACUGGACAGGAGAACUACCGAGUCAUCCAUGACGCCUGACUUGUUGAAUUUCAAGAAAGGAUGGAUGACCAAACUGUACGAAGACAACCAGUGGAAAAAGCAUUGGUUUGUCCUGACUGAUCAGAGCCUGAGGUAUUACAGAGACUCCGUUGCUGAAGAGGCUGCUGAUUUGGACGGUGAAAUUGACCUCUCCACCUGUCAUGAUGUCACAGAGUUUCCUGUGCAGAGAAACUAUGGGUUUCAAAUACAUACGAAAGAAGGAGCUUUCACCCUCUCUGCAAUGACUUCAGGGAUCCGGCGCAACUGGAUCCAGGCUAUCAUGAAGAAUGUCCGGCCUGUAACUGCUCCUGAUGUUACCAGUUCAUUGCCGGAGGAGGCCAAGGUGCACUCUGCCUGUGGCAGCACGUCUACAUCCGGGGAGAUCCAGGAGAGUGAGGUGGACGGGGGCAGCACUGAGCAGCACAGGAGCCGGGCACGAGAGCGUAGACGAGAGGGCCGCUCCAAAACCUUCGAUUGGGCCGAGUUCCGCCCCAUGCAGCAGGCCAUGGCGCAGAAGGCCUUGUCUCCCUCCUCCUCGGACUCGGCUCAAAUCAGCGAAGCGGCCAGCCAGAACCCCGACAAUAUGACUGACCUGGAGAGAGAGCGAGCCCAGCGCAGAGAGGAGCGCAGGAAGAGGUUCGAGAGUGUCAACGCUGCAGAAGAGGCGACCCGCAUGGAAGUGGACCGGGCACCAGCCUCGCCCGAGACCAAGCCUGUGCAGGUGGAGAUCGAGCAGCGCUGGCACAAGGUGGAGACCACGCCGCUGCGUGAGGAGAAGCAGAUCCCCAUCGCCACGCUGCGCGAGGAGAAGCAGAUCCCCAUCCCCAUCCCCAUCCCCAUACCCAUCGCCAUGCUGCACUCCUCUGUGCCCACCUCGGAGCCACUGCCACCACAAGAACUAGCAGCCUUGCUCGACAAAGAGCUGGGGAAGACUCAGAGAGAGCUGAGCAGACUGAAGCAAGAGAAUCACCUCCUACAGGAGCAGCUGGAGGGGGCCCGUGACCGGGAGCACAGUGCACGAGAGGGCUACAUACUGCAGACUGACACUGCUGCUUCUCCUAUGGGUUCUUGGCAAAGGCUCCAUAAACUUAACCAAGACCUUCAAACCGAAAUCGAAUCCCAGCGACAGCGACAGGACCUGACUAACCAGCAGGUGCAGGCUUUAAAACGAAACUAUGGGGAGGCCAAGGAUGUGAUCAGGGACCACGAGGUGGAAAUCCAGAACCUGCAGACCAAGCUUAACAACGCCAUGGACGGAAUUCAAAUUAGCGAACAGGCCAUAGCAAAAAUGAGAAGCGAUCUGCAAAUGGAGAAGGAGAAGUUCAUAGAGGGUUUGGAGGACUGGGAACACAAUGAGCAGACCUUGCGCUCACAGUUGAGAGACAGUGAGAACAGACUAAAGGACGUGGAGGCCCUACUGCUAGAGAAGAGCCAGGCUUUGAGAGACCUGGAAAGACAGCAGGCCUUGCAGAGAGACUACCAGAAGGAGGUCCAGAAACUUCAAGACAGACUUACCGAAGUCACUAGCCAACUUGUCAUCACAGAGCAGGCUCAGGGUUUAAAGGAGGAAAGGGUACAACAGAACUACGAGAUGCUGCGUGAAAGCCAUGAGAAAGAGAAGGAAUCAUUGGCUCUGAGUCUAGUUGAAGCCGAAGGGAAGGUCAGAGAGUUUGAGGACAGGCUGCAAGAAGCUGAACAGCAGGUUGAUAGUCUGCAGAAGGAAAAACGAACCACCACUCUGGAGAGCAGUGAGGUAGUCCACCAUCUUGAGGAGGAGCUGGUCAUCAAGAACGUAACCAUCCAGAAGCUCACCAAAAACAUCCGAGACCUGGAGGAGGUAAAGGAUCAGCUUACCUGCCGUUGCCAGGAGUUAAUCAAUCAGAUCACGGAGGCAGACAACGAAGUGGCCAAGCUGCAGUCCCGGCUAAAAACAGAGGAGACAGAUUAUUACAACCUGGAACACUCUUACGAGAAGGUUUCAGAGGAGUUACAGAAGAUACAUAAAGUGAUCAGUGAAAAGGAUGAGGAAAUCAAGCAAGCCAAGGAGAUGUACGUGAGACUGAUGGAGAAGAAAGACCGUGACCUCAACGAGGCCCUAAUUAAAAUGGCGGCUCUUGGAAGUAGCUUGGAGGAAACAGAGUGCAAGUUGCAAUUGAAGGAGGAGCUGAUCAGUAAGAUAGGUCACAGUGGUUCAGAGGCAGGUAGUGCAGUGCAGAAAGAAGGAUUGCAGUGUAAGCUUGAAGCUGCAGAGGUUCGCAUCACUGAGCUUGAGCAGCUUAUCGAUGACAUGCAAUUGAGUUACAGCAAGCUCCAGCUGGAAAAUAGUAAACGUCAAGAAGACUGUGACGACCAUGAAAACAUCAGAAAACAGGAGUCAUCAACAGUUUUAGAUCAGCCACAAACCACCAGCGUUAGACCAAAAGUGAAAAUGACCACCGAUACUGGGGCAGUACUGUCUAAAAGGCAGAGGAUAUGGUUCUCAAGCAUUCAUUGUCAAAAGUAUGGCCAAGAUGACACGAGUAGUACAUCCUCAGAUACCAGUCAGGACAGGUCCCUAUCUGAAGAGAGUGGGUCUUCAGAUCCACCUCAUCAUUAUCUUCCUUCUGCCAACACAGACCCAGAAAGAUUUAUUUUAAUCAUCCAUUCACUUGAAACCAAACUGUACAUCACAGAAGAGAAGCUUAAAGAUGUUACUUUAAAGCUGGAAGAACAGCAAAGCCGACAGCUGGAAUUAAUGAUGGAACAUCAUAGCAAAUGGGCCAAAACCGAAACGGAGCUAAGGGAGCAACUCGGUGAAAGUCUUUCCAAAGUAGACACAUUAACGGUACAGCUACGGUUGGAAAUAGACAAGAGGCUUACAUUUGCACAGGAAACUGUUUGCCAUAUCAGAGCUAUCCGUGUUACAUGUGAAAAGGCCCUAGUUUGCUUGGAAUCAGGCAGGGAAAAAGUCCAGUCCAUCCUUGCAUGUCAUAAAGAGAACAGCACAGAUCAGCAGCUUCACACAUUGUCAGAAAUAGAGGUUGAGUUAGUUAAUGCUGCGAUUCACAUAGGGCAGGGAUGGAACACUUUAGAGGAACAGACUCUAAAAUGCCAAGAAGCGCUAGACAAGAGCAGGGAGAAUGAGAUAUCUGAUGAAGAGAAGAUCAAGCUGUUUGCCAAAACAUUAGCCUUUGAGGCUUUGGUAUUAAAUAAAAUGGCUUGCUCAAUACAGAAUCCAAAUUUAGAUCUAUUGUGGAGUCUCAGUGAAGUACACAAGGAAGCAGAGAAAUUGAAAAGCAGUGAUGAGUCGUAUGUGGCUAUUGCAUACACAGACGUCUUAACACAAAAGCUGAUGUUAGAAAGCGAGUUUUGGUCAGAGAUGGAAAAGCUCCAAACCCAAUUCAAAGAAACUGACAACAGUGGUCAAGAAAGCAAACCAGAGGGGCCCAGUUUGCUUGAGCAAGCUGGUAAGACUGUCAUUACCAAUGCCUGUGUUAAAGCCGAGCUGACAUUUGCAGUGCAGAAUUUGAAAGAGUUUUAUGAGCAGAAAAUCAAAAAAGUUGAGGGAGAUCUUCUCAAAGCUCACAAGGACCUGCAGCAAAGGGAGUUCACUUUGAAAGAAAUUGUAAAAGCUUGCAAGACACCAGAGUUGGACAGGGUUAUUCUUGAGGUUGGUGAUGAAUUUAAGAAAGAAAGGAACAGAAAAUUAGCAGAUGUUAGCCCGCCUGAGCUUGCUCCAUAUAUAGAACAAAUACAGAUGGAAGAAGCCCAUAAUUUAGCAGUACUGAUGGUAGAUCAGCAUCUUCAGUAUGAAACGUCUCCCUGUAGAUUAGCAGCUGUAGAACCCUCCAGCCUGGGCCGAGAUAAACUUGCAGAUGAACUCAAACAGCAAGCUCAGGUCCUGCAGCGUUUGUCCCAAGACAUGGAGUCUACAUGUCACUCGCAAACAGUCGAAAUUCACGACAGAUUGCUUAAAGACAGAUUGCUUUCCCACAUGCUUCCUGGCUACAUGUUCACCAAUGAAAUCAACAACAGUCCUUCACUGUUCAUGAGGGAUGCACUAAUUCAGGCACAGACUGCCUGUGUAGCCUGCAGGAUUAAAACAGACCACGAGAAAGACUUAAAGCAGUGCAAGGACGCCUACAGCAAUAUGGACGCUCUGUGUCAAGAGCAUGCAAAGAAUGUCAAUUCCAUCCGGGAGCGGUAUGAAAAAGCCUUGCAGGAGGAGCGGCACACUUUUGCACAAGCCAUUGCGAUUCUUAAAGACGAAAACCAAGCCCUGAAAGCUGAGACUUCCCAUCACCUGUCGGAGAUCUCCCUCCUGCAGAGCAGGAUUCUGAAGAUAGAGGAGAGAUUCCAGCAUGAAAUAGAGCUGAAAAACAAAUACGAGCUUGAGCUUCAUCAAGUGCAGCAUAAACUCACUGAAGCAGAGGGGGCUCUUAGGAAGAAAACGGCAGAAAGCCAACGCAAACUAGAGACUGUUGUUCGUGAUAUUGAAAGCAUGGAAGUACAGCAUGAAGAUCAGGUCCAAAAGCUGGAAGACAGAUUUCAUGGUAAAAUACAGGAGCUGCAAAGAAUACACGAGAAAGAGAUGCUACGUUUGCAUGGACACUACACUCAGACGAUUAAGGCUUUGCAGCUAACCCUGGACAAAUACAAGUCUGAGGACCUGGAGUCCUCUCGCUCAGAGUCUUGCAAGCAUCAAAAAGAGCCCAGGCCAGAGGACAGCACUGCCAGGACACAGACGCAGGGAGAGAAGACAGAGGUGGACUCUGUGACUGUGCUGAGGGAACGGAUUCAGGAACUGGAAGCCCAGAUGAAUGUCAUGAGAGAUGAGCUGGAGCACAAAAACCUGGAAGAAGACGUGUCCAGCCUGAAGGAGAAAUACCAGAAAGACUUUGAGAACUUCAAGGCCACAUGUGAGCGUGGGUUCGCUGCCAUGGAGGAGACGCAUCAGAAGGUGCUCGAGGACAUGCAGAGGCAGCACCAGAGGGAGGUGGGCAAGCUGCAAGAGGAGAAGGAGCGCCUACUGGAAGAGGAGACGGCCGCCACUAUAGCUGCUAUUGAAGCCAUGAAGAACGCACACAGGGAGGAGCUGGAGCGGACACAGCGUGCUCAGAUCAGUGGGAUGAGCUCGGACAUCGAGGAGCUCCGGAGACAAUACCAGGAGGAGCUGCAAUCUAUCCAGCGGGAGCUGGAGGUCCUGUCGGAGCAGUAUUCCCAGAAGUGUCUGGAGAACGCACACCUGGCACAGGCCCUGGAGGCAGAGAGGCAGGCCCUCCGACAGUGCCAGCGUGAGAAUCAGGAUCUCAACGCACACAAUCAAGAGCUGAACAACCGCCUGGCAGCGGAGAUCACCCGAUUGCGGUCCUCGCACUCAGGGGAUGGAGCCGGCUCUCCUCUCACACAGGGCAAGGAUGUCUAUGAACUAGAGGUUUUAUUGCGGGUCAAGGAAUCGGAAAUUCAGUACCUCAAACAAGAAAUACAUUCUCUUAAAGAUGAGCUACAGACUGCACUGAGGGAUAAGAAAUACUCCACUGAUAAAUACAAGGAUAUCUACACUGAGCUGAGUAUAGUGAAAGCAAAAGCUGAUUGUGACAUUACCAGACUGAGAGACCAGCUGACUGCUGCUACAGAGGCUCUGGGGGAAAGGUCUGCUGAAAACAGCACUGUUUCUGGAUAUGAUAUCAUGAAAUCUAAAAGUAACCCGGAUUUUCUUAAAAAGGAAAGAUCAAGCAUUAGCCGGCAGAUCCGAAGCAUGAGGUCAAAGAGCCUGAAAGAGGGAUUGAGUGUGCAAGAGCGACUGAAACUGUUUGAAGCAAGAGACUCCAAGAAGAUCUAAAGAGCCUGCAUGGGUGCCAUACAGAUAUACUCCUGUCCCCUGCUCCACGCAGUCCCAGCUCCUUCGUGUCUUGUCUGCUCCAGCUAUUUGGUGUCCUAUCCCCUGCUCUUCAGUCCCAGCUCCUUGAUAUCCUCUCUGCUCCAGUCAGUCCCAGCUCCUUGAUGUCCUCUCUGCUCCAGUCAGUCCCAGCUCCUUGGUGUCCUGUCCCCUGCUCUAGGCAGUCCCAGCUCCGUGAUGUCCUGUUUGCUCUAGUCAGUCCCAGCUCCUUGAUGUCCUCUCUUGUCUAGUCAGUACCAGCUCCUUGAUAUCCUUUCUGCUCCAGUCAGCCCCAACUCCUUGGUGUCCUGCCUACUGCAGUCAGCUCCAGCUCUGGUGUUCAUGUUCUCUGCCAUGCUAAUUCUGCUGUUACACUUUCUGACUCCUUUUCUGCAGGCAGCCUGUGUGUGUGUUUGUGUACAUGUCUGUAUGUGAACUCCAUGUGGUUUAGCUUUUGUUCUCUCUAUACUGCAGUUACCACUCCCAGGCCAGACAUGCAGCUACAUUUUAUUUUGUGCGUUCCCAAAAUAAAAAAAAAAAAAAAACAGACAUAUCAUUGGAAUAGUUUUCUUUUUAAAUUUGAUUAAUUUCACACAAGAAGCCAUUAUUUGGAAGUGCACAAAAUUAUUUGAUCCUACAGUUUGUUCAAGUUGGGCAGAAGGUGGACGCCAGGUUAGAUGAAAAACGUUUUCCUGGCCUUGACGAGAGUCUAUAAACAUUGUUGUCGAAAAGUAACUAUUUUCAGAUUCAUAUUUUGUAUGUAAAGUCCCAAUUAUCCCAGGCAGUAUAGUCACUCCUCAGGUGUCUACUGCUUUUCAAUGUGCUGCGUUGAAAUCUUUUGUAUAUCUUGUCCUUGGACUUAAACACUAGUUUAGAAGAUUCUGCUUCCUCUACAUCAAACAACCAUACUGGAUACUGGUGCUGGACAUUUAGAGUUGCACUACCUGUUCUUUGCUGUAUGCCUGUACAAUUACUGAAUAAAUAGUGACAAAUCCUAAGAGUAGACUUUAUAAAGACAAUGAAAUGUCAUUCCGUGUAGUAGUAAAUGUGCCUGGUGUUUGUGGGCUGGAAACAGUACUCUAGAUAUUAAUCCCCUUUUUGUUUGAAGUUUCAUACCCAUGCUUGCGUCUAGAGGUGACUGCUUACUAUCUGUUUGCUUUUGUUGCUCAACCUAGAUGCUAAGGAAUCUGCAGCCAACAUGCAUAUGUGUAGUUCAAAUACAAAAACACAUUCAUACUUUUUUAAAAAUCAAAGCAUUUUGUAUACCACUCAAGUAUGGAAAGCUAUAUCUGAACACAGUGUUAUUCCUAUUGCCAUUGGUGAUGCUGGGAGUGUUAUUCCUAUUGCCAUUGGUGGAGCUGUGUUUGACCCACUGCUUCUGAUUCCAGCCUGAUGUUAUGUAUGGUGAUUUUAAAAAGCAACCAGCACUGCACAGCCUGCUGCACCCCAUUUGCUCACCCUAGUCGAGGGUUUUUUGUAGAUGGCAAAUGUCAAACAUUCAUUUUGAAAAUGCAGAUCCCACUAAAUGCUGUAUUAAUAAAAUAACUUGCAAAAUGUGAGAUUCUAUAAAAUAAGAUACAAAGCUGUCCUAUUCCUUCCUUGUGCAGUCUUGUCUUUUUUAUAUUUCCAGCUUGUUGGGUGUGUGUGAAACCAAGGACCAAUCUGAAGGCAAUUUUACAACAGAAAAGAUGGGUUGAGCAAAGCCUAGAGUUCGUUCUCUGAGAUGUCUCCCAGCUGCCUGCAAAAUUAGUAAAUUUGACAGGUGUGUUGGCUAUUGAAGCAGAACCACAACAUAGAAAUAUUCACAGAAAUUUCAAUAUACUGUACAAAAAAGAAACAGGCUAAAUGUGUAACACACAUUCUAUAUCCAAGGGGCUUUCUAAAUGUACUGUCUGGAUGUCCUUGCUGUCUGAAUGAAAAUGUACAACUAUUUAAAAAGGUUUAAACCAGGUGGUAAAUUGCUAUAGACAAGAACUGUAUUAUAUAUUCUGCAUUAUACUACAUGAAGCAAACGUGUUGCUACAAGAAUAGUUAAAGCCUUUUGAAACAUGCCAUUCUAACAUUUGUUUUAAAAAGGUGCUGCAGGAAAUAGCUUAUCAAUAUUGCUGGAGCUAAAAGACGAAGUAUUAAUACAUGUAACCCUAAACUCAUCUUGCACAAGUAAUAAGAGAAAAGAAAUAUAGGCAGAACAUUGACAAAGCAUAUUUUCUCAAGUUUUCUAUGAUGAGUUACUGUAAAAUACAAGCGUGUACAUUCAAAUAAAGCACUAUAAAAACCAUGCAUGAUUUCAUUUAAUGAAAGUACUGACAUUGUGCAUUUAAUUUCAUUAAUAUAUUCUAAUUUGUGUGACUAUUCUUUCAAAAAUGUUGACUUGCCUAAUUCUAUUUCGUUGGGGACAAUUUAGUCACAGAUGUUGGUGAAACUUCAUGCAGUGUCUUGAGCAAACUAAACAAAGUGGAGAAUACCAUUUUUUUCAUUUGAAACACACAUUAAUGUUUUAUUGAUCCACACUCACUCUCUCUUUUGACCUCUUGAUAAAUGCUUGGUCUUUAUAAUUUAAAACCUGUAUAGUAUUCAAAGCAUGCUUUGUAAAUGUUUGUUACACAUAAUUUAGCUUUUCUGUUUUAAAUCUAUAUCUUGCUAACAGCACUAUACAUAUUUUAAUUUAGAGUGUUAACAGAAUUGUGUUUGAAUACAUGCAGUAUUUUCUGAAAUUCAAAAUAGAUAUCGGAGGUUAUAUCGUCGUCAUGCGCCCCCCCCCCCCCCCCCCCCCCCCCCCCCCCC